AGUCGGCCAUCGCGCAACCGCAACCACGCGGCCACGCCACGCCACGCCGCCGCCUCCCCCUCCCACCGCUGUUUGUUCGCCGCCCACCGCCUCAUAAUCCGGGCGCGCUCGCUCGCUUUCCCGUCCCUCUCGAAUCCCUCCGUGCGAGCCGCGAUGGACGGCUCCUCCAAGGGGAUCGGCGGCGCCGGCGCCGACAAGCCCAGCCCCGACCACGACCAGAACGCUAGCCCCAACGUCCCGGCGCCCGCCGCCGCCGGAGACGACGGCGCCUCGGCGGCCGCCGCUGCGGCGGAGGGGAGGCGGCCGUUCACCAGCCUCAGCCAGGAGGAGGCGGACCUCGCCCUCGCCCGCGUCCUUCAGGAGCAGGAGCGGGCGUACAUGAUGCUGACCGCGCAGUACGGCGGCGGCGAGUACGCGAGCUCGGACGCCGGGAGCUACGACUACGACGAGGACGAGGGGAGCGACUACGAGGACGAGGAGGGGGGUGCGGACCCGAUCGACGAGGACGAGGUGGUGGUCGCCGGCGCGGAGGGGGCCGCGGCGGAUCCCGCGCGGUACGAGGACGACGAGGCGUUCGCCCGCGCCCUGCAGGACGCCGAGGAGCGCGACGUCGCCGGCAGGCUCAUGGCGCUCGCCGGGAUCGGUGAUUGGCGAGCGAUGGAGCAGGUUGAUGCUGAGAUCGAGGAGGAGGAAGAUGUGGAUGAUCAACAGGAUGCAUGGGAAGAUGUUGACCCAGAUGAAUACUCUUAUGAGGAACUAAUUGCAUUGGGUGAAGUUGUCGGCACAGAAAGCAAAGGCCUAUCUGCUGAUACAAUUGCCUCGCUACCUUCAGUAACUUACCAGGCACAAGACAAGCAUGAAGGCAACAUGGAACAAUGUGUUAUAUGCCGUGUGGAGUUUGAUGAAGGCGAAACAUUGGUUGCACUUCCUUGCAAACAUCCAUACCAUUCUGAGUGCAUAAACCAAUGGCUGCAAUUAAACAAGGUGUGCCCGAUGUGCAGCGCUGAAGUUUCCACCUUUGAGAACAAGAAGGCAUAGCUGCUUUACUGGGAAGGAAUAUCGGCAAGCCGGCAGCCUGAUAUCUGCCAUUAGAUAGUGAAACGAAAGCAGCGUGGCAACUGUUGAGUUGCUCAGGGAAGUCCCUGUUCUCUCCAGUUCAAUUCGACAGGUUUAGUCGCCGCCUGUACCUGUUCCUGCUGCUGAUUUAGAUUACCAUGCCGCUGGUUAUUUAUGCAUUGUAUUAGACUGUUGAUGAUUCGUGCAUGAUUCAUUGUUUGUAGAUGUUAAAUAACAAUCAUAUCAGUAGACAAUAGCCAUUCUUUCAAGUCUUAGUCUGGUCUUUUCGUUCUUGAAUGGUGUCAAUUGUUUGUUCCUCGAGAUGCUGGUUUGGUUGAAAUGAUGAGUCGCUAUCUAUUAAGAA